ACUCACUCACCGCUGCUGGAAAAAACACUUCCUACUUAUUCACUCAGUCGAUACCGUCUCUUCUCCUGACUAGGUAUGGCUCGAACUACACUGUCUAUAGCUCCUGUGCCCAACGGAAACCGCAAGAUACAACUGAACGGGAAUCACUUCAAAAGCGCCAUUUGUAAGAAAAAUGGAUACCACAAUAAGGCACAGGUAUGUACAAUUAUUGGCGAGUAGAUGUCAUGGGGCGUUUUCCAAUGUGCGACAUCUUGAGCAGCCUAACUUUUAUUAUCUGUAAAAAUAAAAUAAAAAAAAAGACCGAUAGAAAAACAACAACAACAACAAUAAUAUCACCUGUAGGUGUAAUAAUGUAGGAUCCGUUGCCGAGUUAGUGGGCUGUCACUUGUUAUAUGUUGACAGUGGCUACAUGAUGCGUAGCGCUGUCUAGUCUCUCAGAAUCACACUUGUUGAUGCAGGCAGGUAUAGCUAGCUAGCUAGCUAGCCUCACAUCAUCAUUUUCCUGCAAGUCAGAACAGCCUACAAGCACAUGGAAUCGGAUAUUUCAAGCCACGUUUCAAACAUAGGUGGUUUGAAAUCUACAAAUCUGAUUCCUGGCCAUGCAUCUUGUGUCUGAACGGUCAAAUCUGAUUUAUUUGCCCUCAGAUGUUGUUUUUUUUGACUGUUAUUUAGCAUAUCUUGUCGUUUGCUAGUUACUGUUGGGUUGACAGUUUGAUAAGAACGUGUGGUAACUAACUAGCUAGCUUGUUAAUUGUGUACAAAACCACUUAGUGAAUGUGCUAGUUGACUCGGUUUUAAAGUCGAGGCUUUAUAAGUGUUCUUACUUUAAAUGUUGAAAAUCAUAAUGUCACUGGGAGACUUCUAUGGCAGGUACUGUUGUCACCUUAGCUCCGCUGUAGUGAGCCAUUACCAUGACAACUAGUGGAGCCAUGUCAGCAAAUGACUACAGUCUGAACUAAAGGAUGGUCGUUUUACAUUAUUUGACAGUUCAAGUACUCGCAAGAACACAAAGGCAUGUAUCUAAAUUACCAGUCAAACGUUUGGACACACCUACUCAUUCAAGGGUUUUUAUUUAUUUGUAAAAAAAAAAAAAAAAAAGACAUCAACACUAUGAAAUUACACAUAUGGAAUGAUGUAGUAACCAAAAAAGUGUUAAACAAAUCAAAAUAUAUUUUAUAUUUGAGAUUCUUCAAAGUAGCCACUGAUGAGGCAAAGGGUGUCACCUGGAAUGUAUUUCAGUUAACAGGUGUGCCUUGUUAAAAGUUAAUUUGUGGAAUUUCUUUCCUUCUUAAUGCGUUUGAGCCAAUCAGUUGUGUUGUAAUAAGGUGAAGGGGGGUAUACAGAAGAUAGCCCUAUUUGGUAAAAGACCAAGUCCAUAUUAUGGCAAGAACAGCUCCAAUAAGCAAAGAGAAACGACAGUCCAUCAUUACUUUAAGACAUGAAGGUCAGUCAAUAUGGACAAUUUCAAGAACUUUGAACGUUUCUUCAAGUGCAGUCGCAAAAACCAUCAAGCGCUAUGAUGAAACUGGCUCUCAUGAGGACCGCCACAGGAAUGGAAGAUCCAGAGUUACAUCUACUGCAGAGGAUGAGUUCAUUAGAGUUAACUGCACCUCAGAUUGCAGCCAAAAUAAAUGCUUAACAGAGUUCAAGUAACAGACACAUCUCAACAUCAACUGCUCAGAGGAGACUGUGUGAAUCAGGCCUUCCAUGGUCGAAUUGCUGCAAAGAAACCACUACUAAAGGACACCAAUAAGAAGAAGAGACUUGCUUGGGCCAAGAAACACGAGCAAUGGACAUUAGACCGGUGGAAAUUUGUCCUUUGGUCUGGAGUCCAAAUUGGAGAUUUUUGGUUUCAACCGCAGUGUCUUUGUGAGAUGCGGUGUGGGUGAACGGAUGAUCUCUGCAUGUGUAUUUCCCACCGUAAAGCCGUAAAGCAUGGAGGAGGAGGUGUUAUGGUGAUUUAUUUAGAAUUCAAGGUACACUUAACCAGCAUGGCUACCACAGCAUUCUGCAGCGAUACGCCAUCCCAUCUGGUUUGGGCUUAGUGGGACUAUCAUUUGUUUUUCAACAGGACAAUGACCCAACACACCUCCAGGCUGUGUAAGGGCUAUUUUACCAAGAAGGAGAGUGAUGGAGUGCUGCAUCAGAUGACCUGGCCUCCACAAUCCCCCGACCUCAACCCAAUUGAGAUGGUUUGUGAUGAGUUGGACCGCAGAGUGAAGGAAAAGCAGCCAACAAGUGCUCAGCAUAUGUGGGAACUCCUUCAAGACUGUUGGAAAAGUAUUCCAGGUGAAGCUGAUUGAGAGAAUGCCAAGAGUGUGCAAAGCUGUCAUCAAGGCAAAGGGUGGCUACUUUGAAGAAUCUCAAAUAUAAAAUAUAUUUUGAUUUGUUUAACACUUUUUUGGUGACCCUGACUGUUGUUGUGUGUGUGUAGUUUCCCUGACUGUUGUUGUGUGUGUGUAGUUACUCUGACUGUUGUUGUUUUGUGUGUAGUUUCCCUGACGGUUGUUGUGUGUGUGUGUAGUUACUCUGACUGUUGUUGUGUGUGUGUAGUUACUCUGACUGUUGUUGUUUUGUGUGUAGUUUCCCUGACGGUUGUUGUGUGUGUGUGUAGUUUCCCUGACUGUUGUUGUUUUGUGUGUAGUUUCCCUGACUGUUGUUAUUUUGUGUGUAGUUACCCUGACUGUUGUUGUUGUAUUGUGUGUAGUUUCCCUGACUGUUGUUGUUUUGUGUGUAGUUACCCUGACUGUUGUUGUUGUUUUGUGUGUAGUUUCCCUGACUGUUGUUGUUUUGUGUGUAGUUUCCCUGACUGUUGUUGUUUUGUGUGUGUAGUUUCCCUGACUGUUGUUGUUUUCUGUGUGUAGUUUCCCUGACUGUUGUUGUUUUGUGUGUGUAGUUUCCCUGACUGUUGUUGUUUUGUGUGUGUAGUUACCCUGACUGUUGUUGUUUUGUGUGUGUAGUUACCCUGACUGUUGUUGUUUUGUGUGUGUAGUUAUCCUGACUUGUUGUUGUUCUUCUUCCUCUAGAAAAACAUCACAUCACAUGGUGCUAGGCCCCCCUGCAGUAAGCAGAGGUUUCAGAGACCAGAGUCCUUUGAGCAGGCUCCCAUGUACGUAGCUGUGAUGACAUACCUAGGGUUCGGCAUCGUCACCCUGUUCGGAUACUUCAGGGACUUCCUCAGAGCAGUAGGACUGGAGAAAUGUCACAUCGCCAGGGAGAGAGAGGAGCAGAAGGUAGAGAUAUACAGUACCAGUCAAAAGUUUGGACACCUACUCAUUCAAGGGUUUUUCUUUAUUUGUACUAUUUUCUACAGAAUAAUAGUGAAGACAUCAAAACAAUGAAAUAACACAUGGAAUCAUGUAGUAACCAAAAAAGUGUUAAACAAAUCAAAAUAUAUGUUAUAUUUAAUAUUCUUCAAAUAGCCACCCUUUGCCAUGAUGAAGGCUUUGCACACUCUUGGCAUUCUCUCAACCAGCUUCACCUGGAAUACUUUUCCAACAGUCUCGAGUUAAUUGAGGUAAUGUGGGUAGAGUUAAAGUGACUAUGCAUAGAUAAUAAACAGAGUAGCAGCAGCGUAAAAGAGGGGGUGGGGUGUGGGGGCAAUGCAAAUAGUCUGGGUAGCCAUGAUUAGCUGUCCUGUUGAAAAACAAAUGAUAGUCCCACUAAGCCCAAACCAGAUUAGAUGGUGUAUCACUGUAGAAUGCUGUGGUAGCCAUGCUGGUUAAGUGUGCCUUGAAUUCUAAAUAAAUCACAGACAGUGUCACUAGCAAAGCACCCCCACACCAUAACACCUCCUCCUCCAUGCUUUACGGUGGGAAAUACACAUGCGGAGAUCAUCCGUUCACCCACACCGCGUCUCACAAAGACACAGCGGUUGGAACCAAAAAUCUCAAAUUUGGACUCGUCUAAUGUCCAACUGGUGAGUUCUGUUCUUCUAUUUUCUGUUCUGCCCUGCUCUGUUCUGCUAUAUUCUGCUCUGUUCUGUCCUGUUCUGCUCUGUUCUGCCCUGUUCUGCUCUGUGCUGCUCUGUUCUGUUCUGCUCUGCUCUGCUCUGUUCUGUUCUGCUCUGCCCUGUUCUGUCCUGUCCUGUCCUGUUCUGUUCUGUUCUGCUCUGCUCUGCUCUGUCCUGUCCUGUCCUGUCCUGUCCUGUCCUGUCCUGUUCUGUCCUGUUCUGUUCUGCUCUGCUUCGCCUUGGUCCUAAGGGAGCUCUUUGAACAUAGCUGUUAGAUCAGAAGCUGUUCAAAUAACCUUUUUGACAACAACACCAUAUCCAGUGUACUCCUCUUACAGUGGGUGAUCUCUAUACCCCAUUAGGAGUAGUUCACUGCACCACCACACUAAGUAUUCAAACAUACUUACCACUUACAGUGGGGAGAACAAGUAUUUGAUACACUGCCGAUUUUGCAGGUUUUCCUACUUACAAAGCAUGUAGAGGUCUGUAAUUUUUAUCCUAGGUACACUUCAACUGUGAGAGACGGAAUCUAAAACAAAAAUCCAGAAAUUCACACUGUAUGAUUUUUAAGUAAUUAAUUUGCAUUUUAUUGCAUGACAUAAGUAUUUGAUCACCUACCAACCAGUAAGAAUUCUGGCUCUCACAGACCUGUUAGUUUUUCUUUAAGAAGCCCUCCUGUUCUCCACUCAUUACCUGUAUUAACUGCACCUGUUUGAACUCGUUACCUGUAUAAAAGACACCUGUCCACACACUCAAUCAAACAGACUCCAACCUCUCCCCAAUGGCCAAGACCAGAGAGCUGUGUAAGGACAUUAGUGAUAAAAUUGUAGACCUGCACAAGGCUGGGAUGGGCUACAGGACAAUAGGCAAGCAGCUUGGUGAGAAGGCUGUUGGCACAAUUAUUAGAAAAUGGAAGAAGUUCAAGAUGACGGUCAAUCACCCUCGGUCUGGGGCUCCAUGCAAGAUUUCACCUCGUGGGGCAUCAAUGAUCAUGAGGAAGGUGAGGGAUCAGCCCAGAACUACACGGCAGGACCUGGUCAAUGACCUGAAGAGAGCUGGGACCACAGUCUCAAAGAAAACCAUGAGUAACACACUACGCCGUCAUGGAUUAAAAUCCUGCAGCGAAUGCAAGGUCCCCCUGCUCAAGCCAGCACAUGUCCAGGCCCGUCUGAAGUUUGCCAAUGACCAUCUGGAUGAUCCAGAGGAGGAAUGGGAAAAGGUUAUGUGGUCUGAUGAGACAAAAAUAUAGCUUUUUGGUCUAAACUCCACUCGCCGUGUUUGGAGGAAGAAGAAGGAUGAGUACAACCCCAAGAACACCAUCCCAACCGUGAAGCAUGGAGGUGGAAACAUCAUUCUUUGGAGAUGCUUUUCUGCAAAGGGGACAGGACGACUGCACUGUAUUGAGGGGAGGAUGGAUGGGGCCAUGUAUCGUGAGAUCUUGGCCAACAACCUCCUUCCCUCAGUAAGAGCAUUGAAGAUUGGUCGUGGCUGGGUCUUCCAGCAUGACAACAACCCAAAACACACAGCCAGGGCAACUAAGGAGUGGCUCCGUAAGAAGCAUCUCAAGGUCCUGGAGUGUCCUAGCCAGUCUCCAGACCUGAACCCAAUAGAAAAUCUUUGGAGGGAGCUGAAAGUCCGUAUUGCCCAGUGACAGCCCCGAAACCUGAAGGAUCUGGAGAAGGUCUGUAUGGAGGAGUGGGCCAAAAUCCCUGCUGCAGUGUGUGCAAACCUGGUCAAGACCUACAGGAAACGUAUGAUCUCUGUAAUAGCAAACAAAGGUUUCUGUACCAACUAUAAAGUUCUGCUUUUCUGAUGUAUCACAUACUUAUGUCAUGCAAUAACAUGCAGAUUAAUUACUUAAAAAUCAUACAAUGUAAUUUUCUGGAUUUUUGAUUCCGUCUCUCACAGUUGAAGUGUACCUAUGAUAAAAAUGACAGACCUCUACAUGCUUUGUAAGUAGGAAAACCUUCAAAAUCGGCAGUGUAUCAAAUACUUGUUCUCCCCACUGUAUGUGCCAUGAAGCAAUCAAGCUGUACUGUGAUAAUAAACCUGUUUCAAUAUUAUCCUCAGGAUUUCGUCCCGCUGUAUCAAGACUUUGAGAACUUCUACACCCGUAACCUGUACAUGAGAGUGAGAGACAGCUGGAACAGACCUAUCUGCAGUCUGCCCGGCCCUGUGUUCGACGUGAUGGAGAGGGUGUCCCCAGAUCACAACUGGACAUUCAGGUACUGACACUUCCUGUUUACACUAGCCAAAUGGGUCAUCUGGAUCAGAACCCCAGAUUUUUACAGAGGAGUGCUGAUCUAGUGUCAGUUUUUCCUUUGUAGAUAACGAUGGGUCAGACUACAUGGAGACCUGAUCCUCCAUCAGAACUCCUACUCUGAGACACUUUGGGUCAGAUUACAUGGACAGGGAGGACCGGAUCCUCCAUCAGAACUCCUACUCUGAGACACUUUGUGAAUAUGGGGCCGAGGUGCUAAGGCUAAGAACAAAUGUAAUAAAAAAAAAUAUUGAUUGAUAUGUUUACUGUAUUGUGUACUGGUAGACUCAGUGGUGAAUAAUAACUUAUUGUGUUAUGUUGUAGGUUGGUUUCCACUAAUCAGUGGUGAAUAAUAACUUAUUGUGUUAUGUUGUAGGUUGGUUUCCACUAAUCAGUGGUGAAUAAUAACUUAUUGUAUUAUGUUGUAGGUUGGUUCCCACUAAUCAGUGGGGAAUAAUAACUUAUUGUAUUAUGUUGUAGGUUGGUUCCCACUAAUCAGUGGGGAAUAAUAACGUAUUGUAUUAUGUUGUAGGUUGGUUCCCACUAAUCAGUGGUGAAUAAUAACUUAUUGUAUUAUGUUGUAGGUUGGUUCCCACUAAUCAGUGUUGAAUAAUAACGUAUUGUAUUAUGUUGUAGGUUGGUUCCCACUAAUCAGUGGUGAAUAAUAGCUUAUUGUAUUAUGUUGUAGGUUGGUUCCCACUAAUCAGUGGUGAAUAAUAGCGUAUUGUAUUAUGUUGUAGGUUGGUUCCCACUAAUCAGUGGGGAAUAAUAACGUAUUGUAUUAUGUUGUAGGUUGGUUCCCACUAAUCAGAGGUGAAUAAUAACGUAUUGUAUUAUGUUGUAGGUUGGUUCCCACUAUUACUGUCAUUCAAUAAAGUUGUGUGUGCAUUUGUCUGUUUGUGCCUCCCAGACAUACAUGUGCAACGAAAUCAGUUGUUCACAUGUCUGUAACAUAAACAUCGAUACAAACAGGUUAGAAAAUGAUUAGUACAUGUUCACAUUAACAGAGAAGACCAUUGACAACGUCCUCAACAUGGAUUUAACGUCGGUCCGUCUGUGUGUUUUUUAGUUCAACAGUGAAGACUAUAGACCACCUCAUCAACAUGGAUUUAACGUCUGUCUGUUUUCAGUUUAACAGGGAAGACUAUAGACAACGUCAUCAACAUGGGUUCCUAUAACUACCUGGGUUUCGCUGAGAACAACGCUGAUUUCCUGAAGACUGUGGAAGACAUUACCCAGCAGUAUGGCCUCGGGGUCUGUAGCACACGACAGGAAAUGGGUGAGCAGUGUGGGUGUGGAGGGUUGGAGCUGGGAAGGUGGGGGUCUGUGUGUGUGGGGGGAGGGAGGUUGGAGGGUUGGACUGGGAAGGUGGGGGUCUGUGUGUGUGGGGGGAGGGAGGUUGGAGGGUUGGACUGGGAAGGUGGGGGUCUGUGUGUGUGUGUGGGGGGGGGGAGGGUUGGAGCUGGGAAGGUGGGGGUCUGUGUGUGUGGGGGGGAGGGUUGGAGCUGGGAAGGUGGGGGUCUGUGUGUGUGUGUGGGGGGGAGGGUUGGACUGGGAAGGUGGGGGUCUGUGUGUGUGUGGGGGGGGGGGAGGGUUGGAGCUGGGAAGGUGGGGGUCUGUGUGUGUGUGUGGGGGGGAGGGUUGGAGCUGGGAAGGUGGGGGUCUGUGUGUGUGGGGGGAGGGUUGGACUGGGAAGGUGGGGGUCUGUGUGUGUGGGGGGGAGGGAGGUUGGAGGGUUGGACUGGGAUGGUGGGGGUCUGUGUGUGUGGGGGAGGGUUUGGACUGGGAAGGUGGGGGUCUGUGUGUGUGGGGGGAGGGAGGUUGGAGGGUUGGAGCUGGGAAGGUGGGGGUCUGUGUGUGUGUGUGGGGGGAGGGUUGGAGCUGGGAAGGUUGGGGGUCUUGUGUGGUGGUGUGUGGGGGGUGGAGGUUGGAGGGUUGGACUGGGAAGGAUGGGAGGGUGUGUCUGGUUUGUUGGUGUGUGUGGUGGGGGUAUCGGGUUUUGUGUGUGUGGUGUGGGGGGGGGGUAUAGGGGUUUUGGUGUUGUGUGUUGGUGGGGGGGGGGUGUAGGGGUUUGUGUGUGUGGUGUGGGGGGGGGGGGGGUGUUCGGGCUUCUGUGGUGUGUGGUGUUCCGGGGGGGGGGGGGGGCGGGGUCUGCGGGUUGUGUUGUUGGGGGGGUGCGUUUGAGGUUGGCCUGGGCAGGCGGGCGGUGUGUCUGGUUUUGUGUUUUGUGUGUUGUGUCGGGGGGGGGGGGGGAUAAAAACGGUGUGUUUGUGUGUUUUGUGUGUUGUUGUGGGGUGGGGGGGGGGGGUCUCGGGGUGUUUGGUGUGGUGGGGGGUGUCCCCAAACGUGUCGUGAUAUCCGGUUUAAACCAUUCAACUCCUAAGCCAGCCACUCUUUAUCCACUCGGUUUGAAAUAGAACUGAACUGCUCACAUCUUGUCUGUAUCCCAAAUGGCUCUCUAUUACGUAAAUAGGGCACUACUUUAUUGCUCUGGUCUAAAGUAGUGCACUAUAUAGGGAAUAGGGUGCCAUUCUCUGGUCUAAAGUAGUGCACUAGAUGGGGAAUAGGGUGCCAUUCUCUGGUCUAAAGUAGUGCACUAUAUAGGGAAUAGGGUGCCAUUCUCUGGUCUAAAGUAGUGCACUAGAUGGGGAAUAGGGUGCCAUUCUCUGGUCUAAAGUAGUGCACUAUAUAGGGAAUAGGGUGCCAUUCUCUGGUCUAAAGUAGUGCAGUAUAUAGGGAAUAGGGUGCCAUUCUCUGGUCUAAAGUAGUGUACUAUAUAGGGAAUAGGGUGCCAUUCUCUGGUCUAAAGUAGUGCGCUAUAUAGGGAAUAGGGUGCCAUUCUCUGGUCUAAAGUAGUGUACUAUAUAGGGAAUAGGGUGCCAUUCUCUGGUCUAAAGUAGUGCACUAUAUAGGGAAUAGGGUGCCAUUCUCUGGUCUAAAGUAGUGCACUAUAUAGGGAAUAGGGUGCCAUUCUCUGGUCUAAAGUAGUGCACUAUAUAGGGAAUAGGGUGCCAUUCUCUGGUCUAAAGUAGUGCACUAGAUGGGGAAUAGGGUGCCAUUCUCUGGUCUAAAGUAGUGCACUAUAUAGGGAAUAGGGUGCCAUUCUCUGGUCUAAAGUAGUGCACUAGAUGGGGAAUAGGGUGCCAUUCUCUGGUCUAAAGUAGUGCACUAGAUGGGGAAUAGGGUGCCAUUCUCUGGUCUAAAGUAGUGCACUAUAAAGGGAAUAGGGUGCCAUUCUCUGGUCUAAAGUAGUGUACUAUAUAGGGAAUAGGGUGCCAUUCUCUGGUCUAAAGUAGUGCACUAGAUGGGGAAUAGGGUGCCAUUCUCUGGUCUAAAGUAGUGCACUAUAUAGGGAAUAGGGUGCCAUUCUCUGGUCUAAAGUAGUGCACUAGAUGGGGAAUAGGGUGCCAUUCUCUGGUCUAAAGCAGUGCACUAUAUAGGGAAUAGGGUGCCAUUCUCUGGUCUAAAGUAGUGCACUAUAUAGGGAAUAGGGUGCCAUUUGGGACGCAGCCCCAUUCUGUGUGUUUCUGGGGAGCACUAAAGCACUUGUAGUGUCCACCUGACGUGAGCCACUCCUUCAACCAGUAUCAGUCUUAUCUAUGGAGUAUCAAAUCAAAUUUGAUUGGUCACAUACACGUGUUUAGCAGAUGUUACUGCGGGUAUAGCGAAACGCUCGUCUUCUACUGUAGCCGUGUAAAAAACCUUCACCAUAUCUUUUGAAGUCGAUAGUAUUGAACCACUCUCCCCUUAAGGAGUUGGACACGGCCAGUUCUUUGUUAAUACCUAUAGUUUUACGAGCUGUAUAAAUUCCUCUCUUCUAUAACCUACCACUUACAUAAGAUUCUAUAACCUACAGUUUGUUCGGAAAGUAUUCAGACCCUUUGAAUUUUUCCACAUUUUGUUAAGUUACAGCCUUAUUCUAAAAUUUAUUAAAUUGUUUUUCCCCCCUCAUCAAUCUACACACAAUACCCCAUAAUGACAAAGCAGAAACUGGUUUUUAAUAGUUUUUGCAAAUUUGUGACCGACCGCCUUGAUUUGGUCUUAUGUAGCAAAGAAAUUGUAUUUUUUACAUUGGAUAAAAGCAGAGACACAGAGCUACAAAAUGGGAUAUCAUACACUGCAUUUAAGGAACAAUGGAAAAGUAAUUCUGCUUUGAAAGUUGAUAAACUUGUAACCUCACUUUUGAGAAAAUGGCCUUUGAAUGUUUUGGUACCUAGUGAAGAGCUCUUCUUUGUCCUCACCCAUUCAGCAUCGUUCACACCCUCUUAAGCUUUAGCCCCACACAUCUAAUUUAGCUCUCGGAGCAUUCAGAGCGCACACUUGACGCUCUGGCCGAUGAGUAGGGUUGAUCGGAACGUUCUGACCUCACAACGGCAGUCAAGCACCCAAGCUAACUGGCUAACGUUGGCUAGCUUGCUAUUUACUUUCAGACACAAAAUUGGGAUUAUGGUUAAUUGUUUACCUCUGGAUAACUUGAAAACAGCCUAACCAGCUCAACUGGCAACAAUUUAAUUACACUUUUUUGCCGACGUUUACUGACACCGGCCAUAUUCAACGGGUGUUGUGUGUUCGUAAAUUCAUCAGUUAUUCUGUGCUCUGGCAUACUCAGACUGAAUUUACGAAUGCACCCGAAAUGGUUAUUUGCAUAGCGGAGUCUUUUGUUAAGACAUGUAGCUAGCUAGCUAGCUAAACAAUUAACCUAGCUAGGUAAACAACUUGUAAGUUCAUAUACGUCACGUAACGUUAGCUAGCGAGCCAGUCAUGUCGUUUCUACCCUGCAUGAAUCUGCUGGUAGCUAACCAACCAUGUUCAAUGUUAGCUAGCUAACAUUAGGCUCUAACUAGCAAAGCAAGUGGCUCUGAGAUCCGAAUAAUAACAUCAUACACAUAACGUUAGCUAGCGAGCCAGCCAGCUAACGUUAGCUAGCUAGCAAACAGUACACUUGAAAUUAAACCACUUUCUGUAAAAAUUAGAAACGUGUAAUAUGUGAAAAUUUAGCUAGCUAGUCUAUGCAUGAUGGACGCGUCUCUCUGUCACAGAUGCCAUGGUUGCCCUUCGUUUGAAGAUGUAAUCCGGAGACAGGUUUUUUCUCCAUCUCUUUAGCUAUCAUACUCUCUAAUUCCACUGAUUUAAAAACUCGAUCCUCCAGAAAGUGGAGAGCAACACUUAUGCAGCUCCACUACACAAUGCAUUAAAAAAAGCAGCUUUAGACAGGAUUACCUACACAUACUGACCAGCUCAAAUAGACAGAAGCCUUCUAUAUGGCAGACCAAUCCGGACUCCUCUCUCUGCAUGUCCAGCCCACUCAUUAUCUCAGCCAAUCAUGGCUAGGGAGAAGGUUGCUGUCUUUUUCUGUGGCUUAACCAACUAGGUUUGUAAUUUAACCAUUUUAUUCGUAUUUACUGAUGGCAUACAAGUUUGUUAUUAAGGCACAUGAAAGUUCACAUGUUCCAGAAUGCAUUUCUGCCCCCAAAAGUUAUUUUGAUUAGUUUACGUUAAAAUGGUUCUCCUGUGAAGUAGUAAACCGCAACAUACGCCUAGUUUCCUGAAACGAGUCACAUUUCUUAAAAUACUAUUUACAUAAGUAUUCAGACACUUUACUUUGUUGAAGCACCUUUGGCAGUGAUUACAGCCAAAGGUGUUUCUCCUAUUCUUCUCUGCAGAUCCUCUCAAGCUCUGUCAGGUUGGAUGGGGAGCGUUGCUGCACAGCUAUUUUCAGGUCUCUCCAGAGAUGUUCGAUCGGGUUCAAGUCCAGGCUCUGGCUGGGCCACUCAAGGACAUUGAGACUUGUCCCGAAGCCACUCCUGCGUUGUCCUGUUGGAAGGUGAACCUUCCCCAGCUCUGUGCCUCGACACAAUCCUGUCUCUGAGCUCUACGGACAAUACCUUCGACCUCAUGUCUUGGUUUUUGCUCUGACAUGCACUAUCAACUCUGGGACCUUAUAUAGACAGGCGUGGGCCUUUCCAUAUCAUGUCCAAUCAGUUGAAGAAACAUCUCAAGGAUGAUCAACGGAAACAGGAUGCACCUGAGCUCAAUUUCGAGUCUCAUAGCAAAGGGUCUGAAUACUUGUAUAAAUAAGGUAUUUCUUUUUUUUAUUUGUAAUGCAUUUGCAAAAAAAAUCUAAAAACCUGUUUUCGCUUUGUCAUUAUGGGGUAUUGUGUGUAGAUUGAUUAGGAAAAAUAAUAAUUUACCACUUACAUAAGAGUCUAUAACCAUUUUAGGAUAAGGCUGUAACGUAACAAAAUGUGGAAAAAGUCAAGGGGUCUGAAUAAUUUCAGAAUACACUGUAUGUCAAGAUGGGUGAGAAAAAUUGACAUCACAUCACUUCCUGUUGAACGUGGAACGAUGUUGUUUUGGAAAGUCUUACUAGCUAGCUACCGCUAGCUACCUUUUUGAGAUUGGAUCCCAGUUGCACCGCUACUAUCUGUCCAGUGAUUCAAUGCCAGGUCUGAGGAGCUGUUUGGCUCUGUUAAUACUAACAAAAGAAAAGACCUGAAGAACAGUUUGCAGUUCUCCCAGGGUCAGCUCGACGAGUUUAAACAGCAGAACGGCAAGACGACAGCAAUCUGUAAGUCGUUGAGAGAGGACAUCAGUUCUGUAUGUGAUAACAAUCACGAGGGACAAUCAAAGCAGGAACAACAUGGUUGUGGACAGAAUUGCACAACCUCCACAUGAGACCUGGGCAGAGUCUGAGGACAAAGUGAGGGAAAUGAUCUCUGAGAAACGGAAGAUGGACCACAGGAAGAUUGAGGUGGAGAGGGCCCACAGGACUGGAAAACCCACCACCGGCCCAGGUGACAGGCCCAGGCUGAUACUGGUCAAGUUCUUGAGGUUCAAGGACAAGGUUGCUGUUCUGGAAAGAGCCAAGAACUUGAGAGGAACGUAUAUAUCUUCCUCAACGAGGACAAUCCUGAAGCUGUGCGCCAGAAGAGGAAAGAACUUAUCCUAGCCAUGAAAGCUGCCAGAGCGCGUGGGGACGUUGCUUACAUCCGCUAUGACAGGCUCAUUGUCCACCCUCCCUCCCAAAAGCCUGGAAGGGAUGAGAGAGCCAAGCCUAUGUGUUUGUAGCUUCAACCCCACAGCACACACACACACCAACUGAUUAAUGGACUGCUGAAUGUAUAUAUUCUCUUGCUUUGUUUGCUCUUUUCCAUAUUAUGUUGAUCUCUGAUAAGCUACACAGGAAAGGGCUGUAAAUAGCCCAUAUUAAUAUAUGUAGCCUUAGAGAUAAGGUUCAUGAAAUCAAUAACUUGCUAACAUCAGAUAACAUUCAUAUAUUAGCCAUUUCUGAGACUGACUUAGAUAAUUAAUUUGAUGAUAUAGCAGUAGCAAUACAAGGAUAUAACAUCUAUAGAAGAGACAGAAAUGCUUAUGGGGGAGGUGUUGCUGUAUUUAUUCAGAGCCAUUUUUCUUUGGCAAGAUUAGCAAAAUUAGGCAUGACAGCAACAAAUGCUGACACUACACAUACAAGUAUAUCUGACCAAAUUAUGAAAGACAAGCAUUGUACUUUUGAAUUCCGUAGAGUGAGUGUGGAAGAGGUGAAAAAAGUAUUGUUGUCUAUCAACAAUGACAAGCCACCGGUGUCUGACAACUUGGAUGGAAAAUUUACUGAGGAUAAUAGCAGACGAUAUUGCCACUCCUAUUUGCCAUAUCUUCAAUCUAAGCCUACUAGAAAGUGUGUGCCCUCAGGCCUUUAGGGAAGCAAAAGUAAAUCCGCUACCCAAGAAUAGUAAAGCCCCCUUUACUGGCUCAAAUAGCUGACCUAAUUGACAGCAGACUUUCAGCACGCUUAUAGGAAAGGACAUUCAACAAGCACGGCACUUACACAAAUGACUGAUGAUUGGCUGAGAGAAAUUGAUAAUAAAAACGAUUGUGGGAACUGUUUUGUUAGACUUUUGACAUUAUCGAUCAUAGUCUGCUUCUGGAAACAUUUAUGUGUUAUGGAACACACUUAAUGUGUUGUGAAAAGUGUUAUGAAAUGUAAUGUCAUACAUUUUAAAUUGUAUAUAACUGCCUUAAUGUUGCCGGACCCCAGGAAGAGUAGCUGCUGCCUUGGCAGGAACUAAUGGGGAUCCAUAAUAAACCCCAGAAAGAGUAGCUGCUGCCUUGACAGGAACUAAUAGGGAUACAUAAUAAACCCCAGGAAGAGUAGCUGCUGCCUUGGCAGGAACUAGUGGGGAUCCAUAAUAAACCCCAGGAAGAGUAGCUGCUGCCUUGACAGGAACUAAUGGGGAUCCAUAAUUAACCCCAGGAAGAGUAGCUGCUGCCUUGACAGGAACUAAUGGGGAUCCAUAAUAAACCCCCAGGAAGAGUAGCUGCUGCCUUGGCAGGAACUAGUGGGGAUCCAUAAUAAACCCCCAGGAAGAGUAGCUGCUGCCUUGACAGGAACUAAUGGGGAUCCAUAAUAAAUACAAAUACAAAUAACCUACCACUUACGUAAGAUUCUAUAUCUACCACUUACAUAAGAUUCGAUAACCUACCACUUCCGUAAGCUUCGAUAACCUACCACUUACAUAAGAUUCGAUAACCUACCACUUACGUAAGAUUCGAAAACCUACCACUUACACAAGAUUCUAUAUCUACCACUUACAUAAGAUUCUAUAUCUACCACUUACGUAAGAUUCUAUAUCUACCACUUACAUAAGAUUCUAUAUCUACCACUUACAUAAGAUUCUAUAUCUACCACUUACAUAAGAUUCUGUCACACCCUGGCUCUGGGACUCUAUAUGUUGAGCCAGGGUGUGUUCAUUCUAUGUGUUCUGUUUUCUAUGUUGGGUGUUUCUAGUUCGUCAUUUUCUAUGUUUGACCGAGUGACUCCCAAUCAGAGGCAACGAGUGUCAGCUGUGUGCUGGUUGUCUCUGAUUGGGAGCCAUAUUUAACUGGCUGUGUUUCACUUUGUUUUUGUUCCGUGUUCGGUCAUUGUCACUGAGGACUUCACGAGUCGUUUUAUUGUUUUGUUAUUUCGUGUGUAUGCUUUAAGUAAAUAAAGCAAGUAUGUUCGCAACUAACGCUGCGCUUUGGUCCACUCCUUCAUACGACGUUCGUGACAGAUUCUAUAUCUACCACUUACAUAAGAUUCCAUAACCUACCACUUACAUAAGAUUCGAUAACCUACCACUUACAUAAGAUUCUAUAUCUACCACUUAUAUAAGAUUCUAUAUCUACCACUUACAUAAGAUUCUAUAUCUACCACUUACAUAAGAUUCUAUAUCUACCACUUACAUAAGAUUCUAUAUCUACCACUUACAUAAGAUUCUAUAUCUACCACUUACAUAAGAUUCGAUAACCUACCACUUACAUAAGAUUCGAUAACCUACCACUUACGUAAGAUUCGAUAACCUACCACUUACGUAAGAUUCGAUAACCUACCACUUACAUAAGAUUCGAUAACCUACCACUUACAUAACAUUCUAUAACCUACCACUUACAUAAGAUUCUAUAACCUACCACUUACAUAAGAUUCUAUAACCUACCACUUACAUAAGAUUCUAUAACCUACCACUUACAUAAGAUUCUAUAACCUACCACUUAUAUAAGAUUCUAUAACCUACCACUUACAUAAGAUUCUAUAACCUACCACUUACAUAAUAUUCUAUAACCUACCACUUAUAUAAGAUUCUAUAUCUACCACUUACAUAAGAUUCUAUAACCUACCACUUACAUAAGAUUCUAUAACCUACCACUUACAUAAGAUUCUAUAACCUACCACUUACAUAAGAUUCUAUAACCUACCACUUAUAUAAGAUUCUAUAUCUACCACUUACAUAAGAUUCUAUAACCUACCACUUACAUAAGAUUCUAUAACCUACCACUUACAUAAGAUUCUAUAACCUACCACUUAUAUAAGAUUCUAUAACCUACCACUUACAUAAGAUUCUAUAACCUACCACUUACAUAAGAUUCUAUAUCUACCACUUACAUAAGAUUCUAUAACCUACCACUUACAUAAGAUUCUAUAUCUACCACUUACAUAAGAUUCUAUAACCUACCACUUACAUAAGAUUCUAUAACCUACCACUUAUAUAAGAUUCUAUAACCUACCACUUACAUAAGAUUCUAUAACCUACCACUUACAUAAGAUUCUAUAUCUACCACUUACAUAAGAUUCUAUAACCUACCACUUACAUAAGAUUCUAUAUCUACCACUUACAUAAGAUUCUAUAACCUACCACUUACAUAAGAUUCUAUAACCUCUAUAUACUCUCUAGGUGCAUUGUUCUGUGAUGACAGCCAAAAGAUCAAACUGACUGUGUAGUGUCCCAAAUAUUCUAUAUACCCUACACCCUAUUCCCUAUAUAGUGCACUACUUUUGACCAAUGCCCAUUGGGAAUAAAGUGCCAUUUGGGAUACAGCCCUUCCAAGUCUGGCCUAUUUGAAAUGGGAGAGGAAGUACUACAAUGGGUUCUGGUCAAAAGGUAGUGAUCCAUAUAGGGAAUAGGGUGCAUGGGUUCUGGUCAAAAGGUAGUGAUCCAUAUAGGGAAUAGGGUGCAAGGGCUCUGGUCAAAAGGUAGUGAUCCAUAUAGGGAAUAGGGUGCAUGGGCUCUGGUCAAAAGGUAGUGAUCCAUAUAGGGAAUAGGGUGCAUGGGCUCUGGUCAAAAGGUAGUGAUCCAUAUAGGGAAUAGGGUGCAUGGGCUCUGGUCAAAAGGUAGUGAUCCAUAUAGGGAAUAGGGUGCAAGGGCUCUGGUCAAAAGGUAGUGAUCCAUAUAGGGAAUAGGGUGCAUGGGCUCUGGUCCAAAAGGUAGUGAUCCAUAUAGGGAAUAGGGUGCAUGGGCUCUGGUCCAAAAGGUAGUGAUCCAUAUAGGGAAUAGGGUGCAAGGGCUCUGGUCAAAAGGUAGUGAUCCAUAUAGGGAAUAGGGUGCAUGGGCUCUGGUCAAAAGGUAGUGAUAUAUAUAGGGAAUAGGGUGCAAGGGCUCUGGUCAAAAGGUAGUGAUCCAUAUAGGGAAUAGGGUGCAUGGGCUCUGGUCAAAAGGUAGUGAUCCAUAUAGGGAAUAGGGUGCAUGGGCUCUGGUCAAAAGGUAGUGAUCCAUAUAGGGAAUAGGGUGCAAGGGCUCUGGUCAAAAGGUAGUGAUCCAUAUAGGGAAUAGGGUGCAUGGGCUCUGGUCCAAAAGGUAGUGAUCCAUAUAGGGAAUAGGGUGCAUGGGCUCUGGUCCAAAAGGUAGUGAUCCAUAUAGGGAAUAGGGUGCAAGGGCUCUGGUCAAAAGGUAGUGAUCCAUAUAGGGAAUAGGGUGCAUGGGCUCUGGUCAAAAGGUAGUGAUCCAUAUAGGGAAUAGGGUGCAAGGGCUCUGGUCAAAAGGUAGUGAUCCAUAUAGGGAAUAGGGUGCAUGGGCUCUGGUCAAAAGGUAGUGAUCCAUAUAGGGAAUAGGGUGCAAGGGCUCUGGUCAAAAGGUAGUGAUCCAUAUAGGGAAUAGGGUGUCAUUUGGGACUUACACUAUUUUAUCUCAUUUAUUAUCUUUCUCCUCAAUUAAAACAGAAUCUUUAAUUAACUUGGUAGCGGCUGCAACGUUGAAUGAAUUAUUUAAUCUGUGUUAAAUGAUGUACAGUGUGAAGCACAAGCCUGGAUCAUUACCCCGGGGCCCAUCCACUGAGUGUGUGUGUAGAGAGGAAAUGCUAUCAUGGUUGUACUGUAACAUCAUGAAACAGACUUAAAACAGGCCACAUGAACAUACAGUGAGGGGAAAAAAGUAUUUGAUCCCCUGCUGAUUUUGUACGUUUGCCCACUGACCAAGACAUGAUCAGUCUAUCAUUUUAAUGGUAGGUUUAUUUGAACAGUGAAAGACAGAAUAACAACAAAGAAAUCCAGAAAAACGCAUGUCAAAAAUGUUAUGAAUAGAUUUGCAUUUUAAUGAGGGAAAUAAGUAUUUGACCCCUCUGCAAAACAUGACUUAGUACUUGGUGGCAAAACCCUUGUUGGCAAUCACAGAGGUCAGACGUUUCUUGUAGUUGGCCACCAGGUUUGCACACAUCUCAGGAGGGAUUUUGAUCCACUCCACUUUGCAGAUCUUCUCCAAGUAAUUAAGGUUUUGAGGCUGUCGUUUGGCAACUCGAACCUUCAGCUCCCUCCACAGAUUUUCUAUGGGAUUAAGGUCUGGAGACUGGCUAGGCCACUCCAGGACCUUAAUGUGCUUCUUCUUGAGCCACUCCUUUGUUUCCUUGGCCGUGUGUUUUGGGUCAUUGUCAUGCUGGAAUACCCAUCCACGACCCAUUUUCAAUGCCCUGGCUGAGGGAAGGAGGUUCUCACCCAAGAUUUGAUGGUACAUGGCCCCGUCCAUCGUCCCUUUGAUGCGGUGAAGUUGUCCUGUCCCCUUAGCAGAAAAACACCCCCAAAGCAUAAUGUUUCCACCUCCAUGUUUGACGGUAGGGAUGGUGUUCUUGGGGUCAUAGGCAGCAUUCCUCCUCCUCCAAACACGGUGAGUUGAGUUGAUGCCAAAAAGCACGAUUUUGGUCUCAUCUGACCAUAACACUUUCACCCAGUUCUCCUCUGAAUCAUACAGAUGUUCAUUGGCAAACUUCAGACGGGCCUGUAUAUGUGCUUUCUUGAGCAGGGGGACUUUGCGUGCGCUGCAGGAUUUCAGUCCUUCAUAGCGUAGUGUGUUACCAAUGGUUUUCUUGGUGACUAUGGUCCCAGCUGCCUUGAGAUCAUUGACAAGAUCCUCCCGUGUAGUUCUGGGAUGAUUCCUCACCGUUUUCAUGAUCAUUGCAACUCCACGAGGUGAGAUCUUGCAUGGAGCCCCAGGCUGAGGGAGAUUGACAGUUAUUAUGUGUUUCUUCCAUUUGCAAAUAAUCGCACCAACUGUUGUCACCUUCUCACCAAGCUGCUUGGCGAUGGUCUUGUAGCCCAUUCCAGCCUUGUGUAGGUCUACAAUCUUGUCCCUGACAUCCUUGGAGAGCUCUUUGGUCUUGGCCAUGGUGGAGAGUUUGGAAUCUGAUUGAUUGAUUGCAUCUGUGGACAGGUGUUUUUUAUACAGGUAACAAGCUAAUAUUAGGAGCACUCCCUUUAAGAGUGUGCUCCUAAUCUCAGCUCGUUACCUGUAUAAAAGACACCUGGGAGCCAGAAAUCUUUCUGAUUGAGAGGGGGUCAAAUACUUAUUUCCCUCAUUAAAAUGCAAAUCAAUUUAUAACAUUUUUGACAUGCGUUUUUCUGGAUUUCUGUUGUUGUUAUUCUGUCUCUCACUGUUCAAAUAAACCUACCAUUAAAAUUAUAGACUGAUCAUUUCUUUGUCAGUGGGCAAACGUACCAAAAUCAGCAGGGGAUCAAAUACUUUUUUCCCCUCACUGUAGCAUAGUGUUAGAGACUAGACAGGGGAAGGAAGAGUUGUGUCUCAGUUGGUGAAAGCGUUGGCGCUAGCAACACUAGGGUCAUGGGUUCAAUUCCCACUGGGGUCACCAUAUAUAAAAAUAUAUAUAUACUCACUGGAAGACAUUCUGGAUAAAAGCAUCUUCUAAAUGGCAUCUAUAAGAAGAGUUGAUUGUCUCAGAGUUGUUUUGGCGCUAAUUUCUCACAGCUCUUUAUUCAGAUGAGAAGAACGCUAUCAGUCGAAAUACCUUUCCUCAGGGCAAAAACCUGACGUAGCGUAAAAUCGACGUCCAUAUUGGUCGAUUGUUUUUAAUUGAGUUGUCAACAAAAUGUGAAUUAUACUCUAGGUAAACCCAGUUUCGUAGGCAGAGGGGCUGCGGAAGAAGAGCCGAGUUACCGUGAGUGUAAUUUUUCUGCAGCUUUUAACCCAGUGCGUCGCUGAGAUGAGAAGAGUGCUGUCUGUCUAAAUAUCUCUGUAGUGUUACAGGAUUCCCAACCUGGUCCGAUCAGGUUUCAGCUGCUUCCCAAACUCUCAGGUUGCGUCCCAAAUAGGCACCCUAUUCCCUAUAUAGUGCACCACCUUUCGGCGGAGGUACUGCAGGGGGUCUGCAGCUAGACCUACACAUAAACAAUAAAUAACAAAAAAAAAAAACGUAUUUAUUAAUUCAAUUAAUAUUACUAACAACAACAGAUUAAACUGAUUUUGGCCAAGGGAUCCGUGGAAUAAGUUUAGCGGGUGUAAUACAAUGCAAUGUAAUAUUAUUAAUGUACAAUUUUCUGUUCUUAACUCUGGGAAACAUGGGCCUGGGAGGCUUACAGGGAUAUUGGUAUCCACAGUAGUCCACCAAUUAUAUUAUAUUAUAUUAUAUAUAUAUAUAUAUAUAUAUAAAUAAAUGUUUCAACUCAAUACUUAUUGUAUCCCCCCCCCCCCCACCCCAAUUAUUUUUUUAAACAUAAAUGCACUGUAAUUUAAGCUUUAAAACUAUCCUUAAAAACAUGAUCCAAAGUGAUAUUUAAGACCAACUAAAAGCUGGUUUUAGCGAUAAUUGCAUUUACAUUUACAUAAUUUAGCAGACGCUCUUAUCCAGAGCGACUUACAAAUUGGUGCAUUCAACUUAUGAUAGCCAGUGGGGGGUGGGGGAAGAAGGAUUACUUUUAUACUAUUCCAGGUAUUCCUUAAAGAGGUAGGGUUUCAAAUGUCUCCGGAAGGUGGUCAGUGACUCCGCUGUCCUGGCGUCGUGAGGGAGCUUGUUCCACCAUUGGGGUGCCAGAGCAGCGAACAGUUUUGACUGGGCUGAGCGGGAACUAUGCUUCCGUAGAGGUAGGGGAGCUAGCAGGCCAGAGGUGGAUGAACGUAGUGCCCUCGUUUGGGUGUAGGGACUGAUCAGAGCCUGAAGGUAAGGAGGUGCCGUUCCCCUCACAGCUCCGUAGGCAAGCACAAUGGUCUUGUAGCAGAUGCGAGCUUCAACUGGAAGCCAGUGGAGUGUGCGGAGGAGCGGGGUGACGUGAGAGAACCUGGGAAGGUUGAACACCAGACGGGCUGCGGCAUUCUGGAUGAGUUAUCCAGCCGUGAUGCACACUGCCCAUAUGCUCAUGGAACAAGAGUAGCCUAAUGUGCUUUUGGUGCCUGUAUACUUCAUAUUUAGACAUUUAAAAACUAACGUUUUUUUCAAAUGCAGUCGCGAAGUAGUCAAGACAGUGGAUAAAGGGGUUGGCUCCUGAGAACGCUUGGAUAUAAAUCUUAAUCACCAAAGCUUUAUUACAAUAUCAAGUUUGAGAGGAGUUAAACAGUGAGCCGCCGUUCCCUUUUUAUCUAUGUAUUGUAGGCAGGGCCACAUUAUUUAUCUAUGUAUUGGAGGCAGGGCCACAUUAUUUAUCUAUGUAUUGGAGGCAGGGCCACAUUAUUUAUCUAUGUAUUGGAGGCAGGGCCACAUUAUUUAUCUAUGUAUUGGAGGCAGGGCCACAUUAUUUAUCUAUGUAUUGGAGGCAGGGCCACAUUAUUUAUCUAUGUAUUGGAGGCAGGGCCACAUUAUUUAUCUAUGUAUUGGAGGCAGGGCCACAUUAUUUAUCUAUGUAUUGGAGGCAGGGCCACAUUAUUUAUCUAUGUAUUGUAGGCAGGGCCACAUUAUUUAUCUAUGUAUUGGAGGCAGUGCCACAUUAUUUUAGCCAUGUAGGUCUCGUUUUGGACCUGCGUAAAACCGUCCAUAGUCUGCAUUGUUUUAAUAUGAUAUGCCCACGGGGAAAAAUUAUGGGGCCUGUAAGUGUGAAAUAGCCUAUUGAAAACAAGUUGUUUUGUUUUUAGAAUUUGAUUAGAGUUAUUAGUUCUCUUUUUAGGCCUUAUCAAUAAGUAAUUUAAUCUUGUUUAUUGACAAUGUUUGGUAUGUCCAUGCUCAGCCAGAAUGUAAUUUACAGUAGGCCUAGCCCCUAUAUCAGUGUGAAUGCUAUUGAAGCCGUGCAAUUACUUAGAACAAUGUGGACUGCAAAUGGGUUCAAGUUAACACGUUCAGCAAAGAUAGGUCUACAGUUUGUUCUUUAGUUUCUGUAAGCCAUUUAACAACAGACCGUAAAUACACAACCUGAAGUAACCCCAUAUUUCGCCAUGGAGCACGUUCUGAUUGGCCAGUGAGGGGCCGAGCCUCGAACACACCCACAACUUGUUUAUUCAUCGAAACCCAGCCCUUUCACGCCAACAGCAGCAAGUGCGCUGAUAAUUGUAACAGUGAAAAUAGCUAAAAUAUUUCAUAGCGCUAUCGCCUGUGCUUAGAUUAACCAUGGUGUAAAAACAUAUCGUUUAAAUAGAGCCCCCUUGUACACUGUUUUUUAUCUCACUCUAGUUGUAUUCUGAUUAUGAGGGGGUCCCUGAUACAUUUGCUAUCACAAAAAGGGGGUCCCCGGCCCUAAAAAAGUUUGAAAACCCCUAUGGGAUAAAGGUGUCAUUCGGGACACAAUUAGUAUCUGUACUGAGGUGAAACCUGUUGAAUGAUUCACAGUUUUAUACCAAUCCAAGACACUUCAGAUCCACCACUACACCAUUUAUACCUACCUAGGCCCAAUCACACGUUAGGGUGGACUUUUUAAAUGUAAACUUGAGUUAGUUUUGGAGAUGAGUUGCAGAGUGUUUCACAGUGUUAACAGAGACGUCACCUCGGAGAAAAAGGGCAGUAAAACAGGAAAGCGGAUCAAUAAAAAAAAAUAAAAAAAACCUUGUUGAUCAUUAAUCAUAACUGUAUAUGCAGCGCCUUCACAAAGUAUUCACAUCCCUUUGACUGAUUCCACGUUGUUGUUGUUGUUGUUGUUGUUACAGCCUGAAUUCAAAAUGGAUUAAAUAGAUAUAUAUUUUUCUCUCACCCUAUAAUGACAAAGUGAAAACAUGUUAUUAUAAAGUUUUGCUAAUUUGAAAUGAAAUGAAAUACAUUGCACCCUGUUCCCCUACACAGUACACUACUUUUGACCAUAGCCUUAUGGGCAGAAGGGCGUGAUUUGGGACGCUGCCAUUCUCUCACGUCUUCCAUCUGAAUCAGAUUUUGUUUGUCUAGGGUUGGAAACUGAAGCCCUUGCGUCAAUCAUUCACGGGAUGUUGUUUGCAUCCAAAACGGCACCCUAUUCCCUAUGUAGUGCGCUGAUUUUUAGGGCUCUGGUUAAAAGUUGUGCGCUAUAUAGGGAAUAAGGGUGGCGUUUGGGACAUUGACUGGCCGACCGCUUCUUAGUUCUCGCACGAUCAUUAACAAAAACUCAAUAGGUAAACCAACUAUAGGUGACAUAUAUCUAUAGCUGUAAACUGUGCUGACACAUACAGUACCUGUAAAAAAUAUAGAAUGUAGAACUUUAGCUACAGAUAUUACUUUCCAGUGGUUGUAGUAGUACGUGUAUGUAUGUAUGUAUUUUUUAAAAAGUGAGUACAGUACUAUUGUGAUGUUGUAUUAUAUAGACUUUUAUAUAUUUUGUUACGGCUCUUUUUAGAGUGUCUCACCUGCACACACGCAAUGUUAGAGAUCUAUAAAUGAUUAACUUAACUCUGGUGAGAUGUAGCUACCGCAGUGUCCAAUAAAACCAACCCAGUAUCACAGAUUACUUUGAAAAAUAGACACACAUUGCUUAUUGGAAAUUCGUGCCAGGCACUCGAAAAAGUUACUUUUUUAGUGUGCAGUACACGAUUUUUUUUUGUAUACAGUGAAUUUUAAUCACAGAUAAAGAAAGUAGAUUACUUAAGACAGAAACGAUAGGAGUGAGGUUGGUCAGGGGAGGGUGGGUGGGCGUAUAACGCGGCCGUCUAGCAUCCCAAAACGUUGCAUGUUCGAAACAUGUCAUGGACAACUUUAUCACUUUAGCUAAUUAGCAAACUUUGCAACAACUUAAUACUUAACUACUUAGCUAGCAUGUUAGCUAACCAUAACCUUAGUCCUUUAACUACUUAGCUAGCAUGUUAGCUAACCAUAACCUUAGUCCUUUAACUACUUAGCUAGCAUGUUAGCUAACCCUAAUGCGACCGUCUAGCAACUGUUACGUUCCCCGGCAAGAAAACCAAAAAUGUCGCUCAAACAGAAGGGGGAACUAACAAAGAGUCACUGACCUACAACCAAAAUGAAACAGGUGGUUUUAGGAGGGGUUCUGAAAGACGCUCAUGGGGGGUGUCCACUGAAAGUUGACUAGCAACAACAACUGGGACCUAAAAGCCGACCACCAUGAGCGCCCACUAAAUUUACCAAGAAGAGGCAAACAAAAUAACAAACCUAAAGACAGGAAGUAAACCAGUGGAGCAAAAUGAAAACAGGGGAAGAUCAGACAAAGGAAGGUUUUUUCUAGAAAUCAAAUAGGGAGCGCCAACUAAAGGUGUUGACCCUCCACAUCUCUCAAGACAACUGGAGCACUGGGCCAGCCAAUCUUAAAUAUCACCUGGGCCAGCACAGGUGUAAAACAUACUGACUAACGAGGUGACACCAACCGGUGUGCCCUACAUGCUAACGUGCUAUACGUGCCAAAAGUCAAAACAUACAUGGAACAUAAAUGGAAAAACCAAAAGCUUUAACAACUCAAACGUUACGUGUUCCAAUCAUGUCAUGGACCAACUUUAGCAUUUUAGCUAAUUAACAACUUUGCAACACUUACUGCAAGAACGUGAACAAACACUACUAACGAACCCAACCUGUAACCCCAACCAUAACCGCCAACGGACCCAACCGAACCCCGAACCGAACCCCUGAACCGAACCACUGAACGAACCGAACAACACGAACCGGAACCCAACCGGAACCGAACCUGACCACACGAACCCCGAACCGAACCACAACCGAACACACUAACCACACUAACACUUAAACAACCUGAACCAACCUUGAACCCUCCUAACCGAACCUACCCCUAACCUUAAAACAACCCUAACCUUAAACCAACCUUAACCCUAACCUUAACCCUAAACCUUACCUAACCCACCUAACCUACCUUAACCCCUAUAACCUUAACCCCUAACCUUAACCCCUAACCUUAACCCUCUAACCUUAACCCCUAACCUUAACCCCUAACCUUAACCCCUAACCUUAACCCCUUACCUUAACCCCUAACCUAACCCCUAACCUUAACCUACCUAACCCCUAACCUUAACCCCUAACCUAACCUACCUAACCUUAACCCCUAACCUAACCCCUAACCUUAACCCCUAACCAUUAACCCUUAACCUAACCUUAACCCUAUACCAAACCCCUAACCUUAACCCCUAUACCUUAACCCUAACCUUAACCCACUUAACCUAACCCAUAACUCUAAAACCCCUACCUAACUACGUUAGCCUACCUUAACCUAUUACCUUAAGAACCCUUGUACGUUAAUACCCAAGCUUAACCCUAACAACUUAAACUCAACCAACUAACACGUUAAACCGCUAACUCUUAAGUCUCCAUGCUAAGAAUACGCUCAAUCAAGGUUGAAACCCUUGGUAUUUCAGACAGCCAGAUCGUUGAAGUAAGAAGAGAUUGGACAGUAAUUGACUUACCACGUUAAUGAUGACGAGGGGUAGUGUAAUGAAUAGUUAAUAAUUCUAGAUUAAUGGGUAGAUGAUGAUUAACUCGCAUCAGAAUCUAGUGACAAGGCGAACUUGAGUUGGAGCAGAGAUACAUUGUACGUGUCUGACCCCGGUUUAAUCAGAUAACUGUGUAGUGACAUAAUAAUAAUAAUAAUAAUAAUAAUAAUAAUAAUAAUAAUAUGCCAUUAGCAGAUUGCUUUUAUCCAAAGCGACUUACAGUAUGUGCGCAUACAUUUUUACGUAUCGGUGGUCACGGGGAUCGAACCCACUACCCUGGCGUUACAAGCGCCAUGCUCUACCAGCUGAGCUACAGAGGACCACAUAAGGACCACAGAGGACCACAUAAUUGCCACUUGAUUGAGGAAACUGAAGGGACUCAGGGCUUGUGCUGAGUACUGACUCCACUAUCUCGCUCUCCUUCCCCAGACCAUCCAAAAGACCUGAAGGAGCCACAGGUGGAAUACAGAUCAGUAUUUAAAACAGUAUACAGGCCUGGCUGAGUAAAUGUUCUAGCUUCAAAAGAGAGCAGAUGCUGAUGAUUCUGGCCAGCCAGCCAGCCAGUCAGGCCAGUCAGCCAGCCAGCCAGCGCAGUCAGCCAGCCAGUCCAGUCACCAGUCAGCCAGCAGCCAGUCAGCACAGCAGUCAGCAGUCAGCCAGUCAAGCCAGCAUCAGUCCAGCCACUCGCAGCAGUCAGCAGGUCAGCCAGCCAGCCACCAGUCAGCCAGCCAGCCAGCCAGCCAGUCAGCAGCCAGUCAUCAGCCAGCGCAGCCAGCCAGUCAGUCAGCCAGCCAGCCAGCAGCCCAGCAUCAGCCAGCGCCCAGUCAGCCAGUCAGCCAGCAGCCAGCCCCGUCAGUCACAGCAGCCAGCCCCUCAGCCAGCCAGUCAGCCGAGCCAGCCAGUCAGCCAGCCAGCCAGCGCCAGUCAGCCAGUCCAGUCAGCCAGCCAGCAGCCAGCCAGUCAGCCAGCCAGCCAGCCAGUCAGCCAGUCCAGCCAGCCAGCCAGCCAGUCAGCCAGCCAGCAGACAUUCUCACGUCGCCUAGCCAGCCAGUUAGGCAAGUCAGCCAGAUUGACGCAGAGUUAAGCCAGUCAAUGCAGAAGAGCCAUCAGCAGCCAAGCCAGCAGUGCGCUCAGCUCAUAGUCAGCCAUCAGCCAGUCAAGCCAGCCCCGUCAGCCACCAGUAA